GGGUUGUGAUAGUGGAGUUAAGGAUGGUCGGGGUAACCCUAAAAAACAGAACGGGGAUCAACGCUAUUCUCCUCUUCUUCUUGUUCGCUACUUAACAUAGAAUUUAUGAAUCUUUGACAUCCUCUCUGCUGAAAGAGACGGGUGCUUCUGUUUCUCGAAGGGGCUUUUGAUUUACCUUUUAACGCAGUUUUAGGGAAAAUGUUUUUCCACAUUGUUCUGGAGCGAAACAUGCAGCUUCACCCUCGCCAUUUCGGCCGUGACCUUCGCGAAAAGCUUGUUUCAAAGCUUAUGAAAGAUGUAGAGGGCACUUGCAGUGGCCGGCACGGGUUUGUUGUGGCCAUAACAGGCAUAGAGAAUGUUGGAAAAGGGCUUAUUCGAGAUGGCACGGGUUUUGUAACUUUUCCCGUCAAGUAUCAGUGUGUUGUAUUUCGACCAUUUAAAGGAGAGAUCUUAGAAGCUGUCGUCUCCAUGGUUAAUAAGAUGGGUUUCUUUGCUGAAGCUGGGCCUGUUCAAAUCUUUGUGUCAAACCAUUUGAUACCCGAUGACAUGGAGUUUCAGUCGGGGGAUAUGCCUAAUUACACAACUUCAGAUGGAUCUGUGAAAAUUCAAAAGGAUAGCGAGGUGCGGUUGAAGAUCAUUGGGACUCGAGUCGAUGCCACUGAAAUUUUCUGCAUUGGGACUAUUAAAGAUGACUUCUUGGGUGUGAUUAGUGAUCCCGGUACAACUUCUUAAUGCAUGUUACUUCUCAAGCCUUGUAGCCUUAGUACAACUUUUUAAUGCAUGUGUAACUUUUGAUCUCAAUAGUGCAUUCUAAAAAUGAAAAAUCAUGUAUGUACUGCUAUUAUUAUAUUAGCCUUGUUGCACUAACAUUUGUGGGUUUUAUGUACUGUAGACUAAUAGUAGUAUUAGAUGCACCUCUGAUUUUCAGCUA